AACGGCUUUUAUAAAAUUUUGCGUGUAGAGAGUCGCAAGUGUGGGUGUAUGUUUUUUAAAGGUGUCUGUCAGUGUCUGUAAAUGAUACGUAAUAUAAUAAUAAGUUAUAUUUGUACCUGCGAUACACUAGAGUAAAAAGAAACAAAAAUGCAGUCUACGAUGGAACAGCUCCGUCCUGAACAGCUUGUAGGGCUUGUGGCACGUUCUGCGGAAGGGACAGCAGCCAAAGGAAUGGCAAUAAAAGGCCAUGAAGAUCUAUGGGUAGAAAUCCAAGCAAAUACGUUCAGAAAUUGGGUGAACGAACAUCUGAGACAUCAUCCAAGUACAGCAGGUAGCAACGGAGCAGUUGUUGAUCUAGCCGAAGAUUUUAGAGAUGGAACACGUCUCUGUGCCCUGGUUGAAAUUCUCACUAACAGGCGACUUCCUCGUUGGAACUCUCGUCCAGCAAAUCAACAUCAUCAUCUUGAAAAUGUCUCCACAGCUUUACAGGCCAUAGAAGCUGAUGGCGUGAGGCUUGUGAAUAUAGGGAACGUCGAUAUUGUGAAUGGUACCUUGAAACUAAUUCUCGGUCUUAUAUGGUCGCUCAUCGUAAGGUACCAAAUUGGAAAAUCUAAGUUUCCUCCAAGGAAACUUAUGCUGGCUUGGCUCAAGGCUGUAUUACCAGAAUGCAGAGUCAACAAUUUCACUACCGAUUGGAAUUCUGGAGUAUAUCUUAGUGCGUUAUUGGAUUAUUGCAAGCCAGGAUUGUUCCCCCAUUGGCGUCAGCUUGAUCCCAAUGAUAAUGUUUACAAUUGCCGCAAAGCAAUGGAGAUAUCAAAGCGUGAAUUUGAUAUUCCAAUGGUACUGGAACCGGAAUAUUUGGCAUCCCCUUACUUGGAUGAGCUUUCUGGAAUGACGUAUUUAUCGUACUUUAUGAAGGAAGGUUCUCCAGGUUUUCACGCCACCCUCAGAUGGGUGAAUUCUCAACUGCCACAUGCUCCCGUCAGGAAUUUUACGACCGAUUGGAACGACGGCAGAGCACUUUGCAGCAUCGUGAGAAAUUUGGGAGGUCCUGUACCUACCUACGACAGGCUGGAUAUUGACCCAAAAACCUGGGAACACAACUUGCAGCAAGGCAUAGAAGGUGGUAAAAAGAUCGGCGUGGAGCCUAUAUUGAAGGCUAAGGACAUGGCGGACCAGAAUGUUGAACACUUGGGAGUAAUGGCUUAUGCUGCAUACUUUCAAUGGAUAAAACCACGCCCCCAGGCAAGCGAGCAAAUAGCUAUUCAUGUUGACAGUACCUCAGCAAGAGUACAACAUCCGGCGCACUUUAGACUGGAACUUCUCUCAAAGGAUGUAAACCUCCGCGAAGUACGUAGUGAAGUUAUCAGUCCCAGUGGACGUCUGGAAUGCAGACUAACGUGGAAUGGUAUUCAUGGUAAAGGGACGUUUAUUCCUACUGAAGUUGGCAUGCACAAGUUGAUGAUUUACAACGAUGGCGAACUUGUCAACGGAUGUCCGUAUCACUUCAGAGUACUACCUCCGCUAACAAAAAUUAAAUCACCGGGAAUGGAUCCCUGCGCUAUUGGCUCCAUUGUGGAAGUCCUAGUGAACAGUUACGGUACCAGUCAUGACGGUAUUGACGUAACUGCCUGGUCCCCAACCAGUCGAGCAUUGCCUUGCCCUGUGAAAGAAAAGGAUGGCGUUCACACCGCAACAUUCCAACCAGAUGAAACUGGUGAAUGGAGUAUUGCCAUUACCCACAAAGGAAAUCAUAUUCAAGGCGGUCCGUUUACGUGUUUCGUUUUCGAUCCGAACGGAGUCAAGCUGCUAGACAUGGAUGGUGCCAUGCCAGGCCAGCCUUUUUCCUUCAUUAUUGAUGCUCGAGGAACGGGUGGACUUGGGGACGUGAUUAUCGAUAUAGUCCAUGACAAACAUUCAGUUCCAUACCGGAUUGAGGACAUCGGUCCGAUGCAAUAUCGUGUGUCUUUUCUCCCGAGGGAUGCAGGAAAGUACCGCGUAUACGUGUACUUCAACGGUUCAGAUGUACGAGGCUCCCCAUUCUCUCUGAGAGUGGGUACUCAAAGGGGAUCUAGGCGAUCUAAGGAUUCGAAUUCAAGCCUGGAGAGAACGAAAAUGUCUUCAUUAGAAAGGAGAAUAAAUGGAACUCUGUUAUCUAACGAGCGAUCCAGUCCUGUACAAAAGAGUUACUCCCCUAGCUACAAAAGUUCAAGUCCGACACAAGGCUUUCGUGACUCGCAUAUCGUGAAAACUGACGUUGUUAUCCAGUCACCAGUUCAUUCAAAUCUAAACAAUUCGUCGAUGCACAAGACUUCCUCGAAUUUGAUAAAGGAGAGUAGUAGCAGCUCGCUCUACCAAACCACGAGCUCGACAAACCGCGCUCGCUCUCCAAAUCCAAGUCCGAAUUCUACAUUAAGGAAUUUGCACAGCCCUUCAUUGAUUAAGGAAGCCAAAGAGAUAUAUUCCAUGACUUCUGCCACCACUAAUUCCCGCUCAUCGAACAUUCAUUUGCCAAGUCCAAGUUUUGGAAAAGAGACAAAGGAGACUUCAUACUCGUUCAAUUCGUCAAAUCGUGCCGGAUCUCGAUCACCAAAUUCUAGUCCCAGCAAUACCACAAUGCGAAAUCUGCACAGUCCUUCAGUUAUCAAAGAAUCUAAGGAGGUAUAUCAGUCGAAUUCGUUGAACCGUUCUAGAUCUCCAAAUGUCAGUCCAAUGGCGUUUAGAAACUCUAAUCAGAGUCCCGUCAACCGAAAUUUUAGCCCAAGGAAUGACAGAGAAAAUUACGGGAAUCGUCGAGACUCAACGGACAAUGGAGUUGUAGAUACUACGAGCAAUGUUCGAGUGUCUUCGAUGAUCGGUGGUUCUUCACGCAGGGAUUCAUGGGAUGCGAUAGCCAAGACAAAAUCUCUCCUCUCAUACGGCAGUUUGGAAUCAUUGGCAAAUUUGGCGAAUAAUUCAUCGGCCAAUGAGCACACAGUGAUGACAAACUCGAGCUCUGCGAACAACAAUAAUAAUAAUUAUAAGAGCACGAAUUACGGUACAACGAACAUGUCGCAGAGUCAGGAAAUAUCUAACCACACAACCCUGCAGAAUGUUCAGAGCACCUCCGAUUACUCGUCAGCUCUCAGGUACAAUGGAAAUCAAAAUGGAAGCCCGAGAACACAUGGAAUUUUGAAAAAUAAAGACCAUAACAGCUAUAAAGGCAUUGAUACGACGGAUGCAACACAUUCAAGGUUCUUAGGUAAUAGUAGCUCGGCUUUCAGACCGACCAUAAAGGAUCAUAAACUCGUCACUGGUGACGCUUUGGAAAUUUUGCCAAUCCAUAGACCAAUUUCUUUCACUCUGGACUCGAGCAUCGAUGCCAAUAAAGCAACAGUUCGUGUCACUGGUCCUCGCGGUAAAGAAUUAUCUGUGCAAAAAUCGACUCUUCGUGGUCAGAUUUACACCGUCAUAGCCGAAGAGGUAGGCGAACACAUAAUCGAGGUUCUUGUGAACGGUCAGCAUGUUGGAGGAUCUCCUUUUAGAUCUCAAGCUUACAAUGCGAGAGCUAUUCAAGUGGGGAAUAUUCCAAAUGGUGUUAUUGAUCAGCCAGUCGAAUUCGAAAUCGAUGGUGCGACCGCUGGUUCAGGAAAUCUUGAAAUACUCGUCAACGGGGGCCAUGUCACUAGUUUUGUGAGAGCGCUUGGUAACCAGAGAUUUUUGGCUUCAUUUGUGCCUCAUGAAGCAGUAACGCAUUUGGUAGAGAUGACAUUCAAUGGGGAAACGGUACCUGGUUCGCCGUGGCGAGUAGGCAUUAUGUCUGGUCCAAAAAUGUCAGUUGUCGGGGACUCUGUGAGACUUGUCCCAGCAGGUACCCCUGCGCUUUUUGAAUUGUCGGCCCUUGGUUUUACAAGCAAUGAAAUAGAUGUGCAGAUUAUAACUCCGUCGAAAAGACAAAUUGCUGCACACAUAGACGAGGAACCAGGUCGCGCAGGGGAAUUUCGUGUAGAAUUCACACCCAGUGAAGUUGGAAGCCAUUUAGUAGAAGUGAGCAUCGCGGGACAAAAGCUACCGGCUGGACCACUUGUUGCCAAAGUCUACAACAGCAGACUUAUUCAAGUUACUGACGUACCAAGUGCCGUUGUUGGACAUGCCUGCCAAUUCCGAGUCGACGCCAGUGCCGCUGGAGAAGGUCAAUUAGAGAUUUCAAUAAAUGAGGGAGAAGUACCAAAUCAUGUUCAAGUUGUUGGAGGUGGUCGUUGCCUCGUUUCUUUUACGCCUGAUGUAGCAAAGCCACAUUAUAUCGACAUCAAAUUCAAUGGAGAGACUGUUGCUGGUUGUCCAUUUGUUUGCAAUGUUUCUGAUACGAGCAGAGUCACAUUGAGUCUUGCUCAUUUGGAACUGAUAGCUGUGGAUCAACCAGCCUCUUUUCACAUGGCCGUUGAUGGCAGUGGAAGUGCAGAACUCGCUGUUUCUGUAAGAGGACCACACAUCGAACUUCCGGUCAAAGUAACAGGCAAUAUGCACAGCGGUUUUACAGCAGAAUUUGUACCACAAGAUGUCGGUGUACAUUCCAUAAGUGUGGAGUAUAAUGGUCACCCUGUUAAUGGAACACCAUUUUUAGCAAAAGCAUUUAAUGCUGAUAAAGUAUUAGUCGGGCCUGUUGCCAGAGGAAGUGUAGGUCAACCUACCCAUUUUACCGUCGAUGCUAGUCAGGCUGGCGAAGGAAAUCUUGAAAUAACGAUAUCGGCACGUGGUCACAACAUCCCCACUCAAGUAACUCCGCAAGGAAAUGCUCGAUUCUCUGUCAGUUUUGUUCCAUUCGAGGCGUGCGAGCAUGUCAUUAGUAUCGCAUUCAAUAAGAAGACAGUACCUGGAUGUCCAAUAUUAACCAGAGUUGGUGGGGAUAGUAAUGUGACUGUAAGUGGACAGGCAUUGAGCAGUGCUGGUUUAGGAAGGCAGAGCUAUCUUACCGUCAGUAACGUUGCCGGUAGCUUGGAAGACCUUGAAGUUAACGUUGAAGGGCCCAAUGGACAGGCUGUCCCGGCUCAGGUCACUGACAACAAAGACACAACAUGCAGCGUCGCUUUUACACCAAGAGUUGUUGGAGAACACAGAAUAUCCGUGAAUCAUCGCAAUGUCCCCGUCACUGGCAGCCCAUUCAGCUGUAAAGUCUACGAUAUCGCCGCCAUUAAAGUCAAAGAUUCUAGCCGAGGAGUUAUAGGGAAACCAGCUACAUUUUUAGUUGAAACGAGUCAAGCAGGACCAGGGAAUUUGGAAGUUACUGUCAACGGUGGAAGGGUUCCCACUUCUGCACAAGCCCAGGGACCUCAUACUUAUGCUAUAUCGUUCACUCCUCGAGAACCAAUUGUCCACACUGUUGAUCUUCGAUUUAACGGGGAAGAUGUUCCUGGCAGUCCAUUUAGUUGCCAGGUCAGUGACACCGCUAAGGUUUUGAUAACUGAAGGACUAGAAAAGGUCGCAGUUAAUCGAUUGGCAACAUUUACCAUCGAAGCAGAUAGUUCCCUGGGGUUACCGACUCUCGAAGUAUUGUCACCAACUAGGGAGAGUCUUCCAGUACAAAUAAAACCUACUGGAACUGGUUCCUACAAUGCUGGGUUCACUCCAACAGACGUUGGAGAUCAUAGUGUGGAAGUGAAACUUGAUGGGUCGCACGUUGAAGGAAGUCCUUUUCUUGUCAAAGCUUAUAAUGCGGACAAAGUUAAAGUCACAGAUAUAAAUAACGGGGUUGUUGGAAAACCUGUGUUUUUUAGUAUAAAUGCAAGUCAAGCAGGAGCUGGUAAUCUGGAAAUUAUAGUAGCAGUGAAUGGAAAAAAUGUACCGAAUUACGUGCAGAGUGAAGGGAAUGCUAAGUUUAGGGUCAAUUUUAAACCACAAGAAGCUGCGGUGCACAGUCUCAGUGUUCGUUUUAACGGAGAACCUGUUCCAGGAUCACCAUUCAAUUGUAAGGUGGUUGGUGCGGGUCAGGCGGUUAUUACUGGCCAUAAUUUGAAAAUGGCUGCUAUAAAACAGGUGACCUCUUUCACUGUUGAUCCGCAAGCUCAAUCUAUGAAUUGUGAUGUUAUCGUAACUCCACCAUCUGGAAUAGCCUUGCCAAUCACGAUUGAACCAGUUGAUGAAAAAUAUAACAUAAGUUUCAGUCCAACCGAAGUAGGGAGGCAUAAUAUCAGUAUACUUGUUGAUGGAGAACUCAUAAAAGGAUCGCCAUUUGCUUGCAAUAUCUAUGAUGUUACAAAAGUUCAUGUUUCUGGUCUUACGGAGGCACUGUUAGGACAAGCGACAACAUUUACCGUUGAUGCAGCAGAAGCUGGUGAAGGAACAUUGGAACUAGUCGUUAGUACGGAAAAUAACACCGUGAAAGCUGAGGUAGUAGCCUGUGCUAGAGGGCUUUACGAUGUGACUUUUGUUCCUCAAAUACCAAGUGCCCAUUACGUUAACAUCAGUUUCAAUGACGAUAACGUACCGGGAAGUCCAUUUAAAUGUCCAGUAAUCGGAGGAACUCCAGAAGGUCCUUCGGUGAUCAGAGUUGGUAAUACGGCAUACAUGGAUUUAGAUAUGCCUGGAUUAGAGGGCCCUAUAUCUGCAGAAGUCACAGGUCCUGAUGGCCUCAUUAUUCCUUCAACUUUGACAAAACUAUCUUCAACACUUUACCGAGUUGAAAUCAGGACUCGUUUCGUUGGAAUGUAUAAUGUGGCAUUCAGCGAAGGACACAAAGUUAUCAGCACACAGAGCCUGCAGGCCUUUGAUCCCAAUAAGGUUACCAUCAAAGAAAUAUCCGAUACUGUCUGCCAUCGUCCUGGAACUAUAGUUGUGGUCGCAUCUAAAGAAGCAGGGCCUGGAAAAUUAUCUGUGAGUGUACGUGCCGGAGGUGCUGACGUAGAUAGUUUAAUCAGAGAAGGAAACAACGGGCAUUAUGAAGUCGUAUUUCAUCCUACCCGCGCGGCACCUCAUAGAGUGCAUAUAAAAUACAACGACGUUCAUAUUCAAGGGAGUCCAUUGGAGGUGGCUGUAAGAGGGCCAACAGGUGGGCGGGAGGUGACCGCUACGGGAUUGGGUUUGUAUCAAUCUGCUGUUGGGAAAGUAACGUCUUUUACAAUCGAGACUCUCGGCCACCCGGGAAAGGAAUUUGACGUUGUUGUUAGCGGUCCACAAGGAAAUGCUGUACCUGUUCGAUGCUACCAGCAUAGAGACGGGAACUUACUCGCUGAAUUCACGACUAAUUCUGUCGGAACAUAUAAAAUUGACGUACUACAGGGUGCCAAGCCGGUGCUCGGCUCUCCGUAUUUUUGCCAAGCUUUUGAUGCUUCGAAAAUAAAACUGCAAGAUUUAGGACCAACCAUAGUCUCAGUCCACGAUCGUAUUGCAUUUAAACUGUUAAGAACUGAAGCUGGAAUGGCAGAGUUGGAUGUAACAGCUACGAGCCCACUUGGACAGGAGCUUCCACUACAAAUCACUUCGCUCAAUGAUGGAACUGAAUUAGUUGAAUUGACGCCUAGUGUUCCCGGAAAAUAUUUGGUCAAUAUAAGUUAUGGAGGAACGCCAGUUUCUGAAAGUCCGAUAGUGUACACAGUGGAAACUGCUGGGCAAGCUAGGGCAAAAGGAGAGGGAUUACUCAACGGUCAUGUGGGAAAAUCUGCACAUUUCGUUGUUACUGGUACAAGAAGUCCUCCAGCUGUCCAGGUCGAUGGCCCAGACAGCGUUUCAAAGGCGACUGUAGAGGCUGGGGCGAAUUCUGGUACUUGGAAUAUUUCUUAUGUGCCCACCGAAGUUGGAGUGUUUGAUAUCAGAGUGGUUUGUGCGGGACACCAGUUACCAGGUUCUCCAUGGCACCCAAAAAUCGUUGACACAAGAAAUCUCCGUGUCAUUGGUGGGUGGGCAGCCGUCUGCGACGAUGCCGGUAGACUGAAACUCAAUCCGUCAAGUAAAAUAAGCUUUGAUACAGCUGAAGCUGGGCCUGGCGAACUCAGCGGAAGCAUCGGAGAUUACCCUUUGAAUUUUGAAAUGACUUCUAGUAACAGACUGAAACUCGUUGCUCCUCAAAUUUCUGGUGGAGAGCACCGUAUGGAAAUUUUAUUCAACGGAGCACCUUUUCCCGGUGCUCCAAAGCUUGCCAUAACUCCAGAAAUUGAGCCAGCAGCGCCCGACACAAGCAGAGUAAUAUUAACGGGUCGAGGUUUAGCAACUGCAAAAUGUGGUGAGGAAGCCAGUUUUACAAUAGAUGGUUCGCAGGCAGGUAAUGGCACUCCGAAAGUUCAAUUGUUGUCUCCUACGAGCGAGAUCACGGUCGUACUACAGCAUUUGGGUGAUAGCGUUUAUCGAGCUAGCUACAUUCCUCUCACAUCAGAGUCUCUCCUGUUAACCGUACUCUGGAAUGGUAGACAAGUGAAGGGAUGUCCAUUACAGGUAAAUGUUGCAAGUGCUGCAGAUGCAAGCAGAGUAAUUUGCUCUGGGGACGGAUUAAAACAGGGAACGGUUGGUCAAGAAAUAAGAAGCUUCAUUGAUACGAGGAGAGCAGGACCAGGUGAAUUGACGGCGCAUUGCGUGGGGCCUCAUAAAGUUGCUUACUGCGAACUUUACGAUCAUGGUGAUGCUACUUUUACGCUCAAUGUUAAGCCCCAAGAAUCAGGUCGUCAUGCUCUGACCAUUAAAUAUGCUGGAGAACACGUACCUGGUUCACCAUUUACUCUCCGAGUUUCUGGCGCCCCUGAUGCUUCUAAGGUGAGAGUGUACGGUCCAGGAAUAGAACACGGUGUGCUAGCAACAUUCCAGUCUAGAUUUAUUUGCGACACACGUGGUGCUGGUGCCGGUCAACUUACCGUAAGAGUGCGUGGACCUAAAGGAGCUUUUAGAGUUGAAAUGCAACGUGAAAAUCAAAAGGAUCGCACAAUUUUGUGCCGAUACGAUCCCACUGAACCUGGAGAAUACAGAGUCGAAGUACGAUGGGCAGGGGUUCUUGUACCUGGCUCACCAUUUCCCGUCAGAAUUGUUGACACCCAAGACGAACUUUUGCUCCUUGCACAGAGCACGGAUACUUAUUCGACUGCAGGCCAUCAAACAAUCACUUCGUGGCGUGGAUCACAAGCUAUUCUUUAGUAUAACUACAAUUAGCAUUGUUAUUAUGAUAAUUUUUAAUUUUAUUAUUACACAUAAACUAAUAAUAUAUUUUAUUUCAUGUAAUAUUAAUAUAAUUUAUUAUGCAUA